AUGCUCGGCUCGUUGCUGAAACUGUGGUGGGCAAAAAGGCGACUGGGGAAAGCGCUAAAACGCUUUCAACGAUACGAUGAGGAGACUUUCCGUGUGAAAUUCCGACGGCGCUUUUCGAAAAUCUACCCACGGUGGAGGAAGAAUUUCGAACCGCGAAACUUUUACGAUCGAAUUUUUGUCGGAGGAACGAAAGAGAACAACGUGCUCGUCGCCAUUCUCCACUUCGCACUUUUCCAAGCGUUCGGCAUCAUCUUCUACUUCACAUUCGCGUUUAAACUCGCGCAACGGCCGGAUAGAAGUGGCAUUUACACAGGACUCACUAUUGGGCUUUUCUCCGGAAUUGCGCUCUACUUUCAAGACAUUAUGAAAAUUGUCGUAAUCAUUGUUUGGAGAUUAUUGGCUGGCAAGACGCGCACAUUGAUUUUAUUUCUCAUUGUCAGCCUGUCAAUCGAACACAAUCUUGGAAAUUUGACCGAGAAUAUACAAGAAGUUUUCGAAGGAACUGCUUGUGCACAAGAAGAAUUUGCGAAGAUUCGACAAAAAGUGGCACACAAGGCUGAUGAUAUUUUUUCGAUGCUCGAAAAUCCGGAUCUGAUUAGAACGUGGAAAAUGAUAAUGAGUGGUUUUGAAGUGAUCGGUAGAAAAGUUCGCGACGGAUAUCGAGUAUUGCAAAACUUUGCCGAUACAACGUCAAGAAUGUUCUCAUCGUUGAACGAAGUCACCGAGAAAUGCAAUCGAUUUUUCGCGGGCCCCACUCGAAAGUGUAUGGAUGUGAUGCACGACCUCUACGAGACUUGUCACGAUUGGGAUCCUUUCAACACCGGCAUCUGUCAUAGCACGAGACAUCUAUUCUUGCUUUGUGAUAUCGGCACUCAUAUCAGCGACACGUUUUGCCGCUUUCCGGAACAUCUCAAAACUUGGGUCAUCGAUGGCGCGUUGGGGGCGAUGUUAGAAAUGGCGAAAGUCGGGGUGAAGAAAUUAUCCGAAUCGAAAUGGUAUCAUUGGACAAUUUAUGUGGUUGACAGUGUGACGAACAUUCCAAAUAUUCGCCUCAAACUUUACCUCGAACAACAAGAUGGAUCCGGAGUUAUGGUAUUUGCUAAACAAGCAAAAAGCCAAAUCAGGGAUAACAUCCACUUAGAGAUUAGCCUUUACAUUACGAUUUUGCGAAAAACAUUGACACUUCUACACUACAUUAUGUGGUUCGUACUUGUGAUUCACAUUGGAAUAUCAAUAAAAUGCAUUCUGUUUUAUCACACCCGAAACGGUAGCCAGAAUCGGUACAUCACAAAAGAGUUACAAGAGAUUGAUCGAUUGCAAAAAUUAGACGGACAAGGCACGAUUUUUCCUUUAGUUGGAGAGGAGAAGAAAAAGUACAUGAAACUCUCUUCAACUCGGACAACUCUUUGGGAAAGCACAAAACGACUCUUUUACAUGGUAAUCACCAUUAUUUAUGGGUUCGUGCCAUUGAUCUUCAUUCUAAUAGACGCGGGAAUUUACGCACUUUGCUCACUUAUCUACUGGACGAUGCAAAACACGAAACUCCACAUACCCGACCAUUAUGAGAUGAAGGCUGUAACGGACAGUCAUACUUCCACAUUGCCAAUCACCACCUCUACGCCUAACAUUACCUCACCAUCACCGAUCAACUCGAGCAGUACCUGGUCAACUACUCCAAUCGAUUCUACAUCAAGUGAAGCCUUUUCCGAAACCACGACAUCAUCUCUAUCGCAAAAAGAUCUCGGCAGCAUGAUUGCGAAUCUCUUCAAGGAGUUGCUCGACAUCUUCUCGCCAGUUCACGAUGCAAUUAGUGGAAAGGACAAUGCAUGGCGUGAGUGCUUCAGUGAGCCGAGUGUACCGAAUUACGAUUUAAAUUGGGGACUUUUCAUCAUCUGGAUUCUGUCGUUUGUGCUCGCCUAUUGGCAGGUGUAUUUGUUGAGACAAUGGCUUCAAUGGGCUCGUUGCUUUUGGCCGAAACGGGCACACGUGCACGGCCUUCAUCUCUACAAUCAAAUUCUUGAGGAGCGCUAUCGAAUCCCGAAAUCGAUUGCCCCAAAACAAACGAGUAUUCUUGCGAAAGCUCAAUUAAAUGGUCACGAUGCCCUCGUUCGUCGCGGAUUACAUGUACAAGGGAAAACCGUUGGACAAUGCACAAAAUGUAACAGGAAAAAGCUUCAUGUUAGAGACAAAACGAAUUGCCAUCUUUGCCCUGGAUGCGGUUGCUUUUAUUGUGGCGAUUGCCAUUACUUUUCGAGUGCUUGUAUGAGAUGUAAGGCACAAUUUCACAAAUUCCAAGGAAUUACGCUGCAUUUUGAACCGGAUUCUGACGAUUUUGAAGAAACCCUUGAAAAUGUGGUGAAUAUUUCGGUGACUGGAACCUCAGCAACUAUAAAUAUAGACACGAGCAGCACUGGAAACGAGCCAGAAAAAGCGCUAGGGGUCGAGAAGACGCAAUCUGAUGAAUUACCACAACAACCACAACACGACACACCAAAAGAGGUCUUGAAAACGAAGUCU